UCAGUGUUCCUCUCUUUUGCUUUUCCGAAACACGUUUUCUUUCAACAGUGGAAGUUUAGGUACCGCAUUUUCUCGUAAAAUCCUCGAAAAUAAGUGCAUUUCGUGGUUAAAAAAUACCCCGAAUCGUAAGCACAAUGUCGAGCUCGGACAGUGAUAAUGAAAAUCUAACAGAUAUGGAGGAGGAAAAUCAGAUAAACGCCGACUCCGAUUCAAACGAAUCGUCCCCGCAGAACGGUGGCUCCGACAGCAAUGAUGACGAUAGUGACGACGAUAACAAAAACGGAACCGCCGAAUCGGAAGAAAAGCAAGUUACUUGGGAGGAUAUGGGUUUGAUAGACACGCUAUGCGAGGCGUGCAGAGCCUUGAAAUGGAAAGCCCCAUCGAAGAUCCAAAAAGAAGCAAUUCCCUUGGCACUGCAGGGAAAGGAUGUCAUCGGUUUGGCGGAGACCGGGUCUGGCAAAACCGGUGCUUUUGCUUUGCCGAUAUUGCAAGCAUUGUUGGAAAAUCCCCAGCGCUACUUUGCCGUCAUUCUGACUCCGACGCGUGAACUGGCCUACCAGAUAUCGGAACAAUUUGAAGCCCUGGGGGCAUCGAUUGGAAUCAAGUGUUGUGUCAUUGUCGGCGGAAUGGAUAUGGUGUCGCAGGCUUUACACUUGGCCAGGAAGCCGCACAUAAUUAUUGCCACUCCUGGACGUUUGGUGGACCAUCUGGAGAACACAAAAGGAUUUAAUCUGAAGGCGGUUAAGUACCUGGUUAUGGACGAAGCGGAUCGUAUCCUCAAUUUGGACUUUGAGGUAGAAUUGGAGAAAAUUCUGAAGGUCAUUCCACGAGAGAGACGGACGUUUCUGUUCAGUGCUACUAUGACGAAAAAGGUCAAGAAGCUGGAACGAGCUUCUCUUAAGGAUCCCGUCAAAGUGGAAGUUUCCAGCAAGUAUCAAACGGUCGAGAAGCUGUUGCAGUACUACAUUUUCAUACCGGCCAAGUACAAGGACGUGUAUUUGGUGCAUAUUCUGAACGAGCUGGCUGGAAACAGUUUUAUGAUUUUCUGCAGUACCUGUAACAACACCGUUCGAACGGCACUUAUGUUACGAGCCCUUGGAUUGGCUGCAGUUCCUUUGCAUGGUCAAAUGUCGCAGAACAAGCGCCUGGCCGCGCUUAACAAAUUCAAAGGUAAAAACCGGCAGAUUCUGAUAUCGACCGACGUUGCAUCUCGUGGUUUGGACAUUCCCCACGUAGACGUAGUGCUCAAUUUUGAUAUUCCAACGCACAGCAAGGAUUACAUCCAUCGCGUGGGAAGAACGGCUCGAGCGGGCCGUGCCGGUAAAGCCGUUACCUUUGUGACCCAGUACGACGUGGAGUUGUAUCAGAGAAUCGAACACUUGCUCGGCAAGAAGCUGCCGCAGUUCAAAUGCGAAGAGGACGAAGUGAUGGCCCUCCAGGAACGGGUCGGUGAAGCGCAACGAACAGCCCGGCUAGAACUCAAAGACAUCGACGACCGGAAAGGUGCCAAGGGCAAGAAGCGUGGCCGUGGCGGAGACUCCGACGAUGACGAUACGGAACAGUUCAACGGCGUCAGGAAGCGUAUCAAAAAGGGAGGAAAAGGUGGGAAAGGUAAGUUCAAAAAGUAAAUUCUUGUGUGUAAUGCACCCCUGCUAUUAAAUCGCAAGAGUUCAACGAUGCUA